UCGCCGGCCGGCCGCCAGUCGAUCGUGGAACGUCUAGCGAGCGGUACAUGUGCUGCCUCCACUCUUACAACACUCACAACGAUCGUAGAGACGCGCCUUGUCAACAAAUUAUAUAUAUACUUUACAACGCCACACCGCUCUUCGUUUCUGUCUCCGUGUUCGCCGUCAGAAUAUAAUUCAUACCAAGUAUUAGAGGAAAAAAUGUGCUGGAUUUAUGUGUCUUUAAGUAUAGUGAUUGAACAGGUGCAGCUCGCAAGCGGCAGAUAGUGUUGCGGUCAGACCGCCAGUGAACUCAGUGACUGUGUGAACGUUGUCGCGGUUGAACGCCGCCGUAGGGAUCUGUACAACCAGCCGCUUAGUGCGGCCGAGUAUGACGAUGGACCAGCAGACAGGCCUCAUGUCUCUAAACAUGUCCCCGUUCGACCUCAGUCCGGGCCCCGAAGGGUCCGGCUCGGGCGGUGGACCUUCGGGUGCCUCCCAGCAGUAUGUGCCACAGGGCGCCGCUUAUCAAUGCACAUCAGACCAACAGCCUUUCGGCUACGCAAACCUGGAUGCUUCAUAUCUCUUUCCAACAGGUGCCGGAAGCGAAUCUGGAGCUUAUUUACCAGCAGCCGGGACUGUCUGCGAUCAAACCGACACCAAGGACGUCAUAGAAGAACUCUGUCCCGUUUGUGGGGACAAGGUGAGCGGUUACCAUUACGGGUUGCUCACUUGCGAGUCCUGUAAAGGUUUCUUCAAGAGGACCGUUCAGAACAAGAAAGUAUACACCUGCGUCGCGGAACGCGCCUGCCACAUUGAUAAAACACAGAGGAAACGAUGCCCAUUCUGCCGCUUCCAAAAGUGUCUCGACGUCGGCAUGAAACUAGAGGCCGUACGUGCGGAUCGCAUGCGUGGCGGACGUAAUAAGUUCGGCCCCAUGUACAAACGCGACCGCGCCAGGAAACUGCAAAUGAUGAGACAAAGGCAAAUCGCUGUUCAAACGCUGCGGGGAUCGCUCGGUGACAGCGGGAUCGUGCUCGGUUUUAAUUCACCCUACGCGUCUGUGCCAGUCAAACAGGAAAUACAGAUACCGCAGGUGUCGUCGCUGACGUCAUCGCCCGAGUCGUCGCCUGGGCCGGCUUUGCUGGCCGCUCAGCCGCAGGCCGCCCAGCCUCCGCCUCCUCCUGCACACGACAAGUGGGAGACUCACUCUCCUCACUCGGCGUCCCCAGACGCGUUCGCGUUCGACGCGCCCGCCACCACGGCCGCCACGCCCUCCAGCACGGCCGAGCCCACCAGCACGGAAACACUGCGAGUGUCGCCCAUGAUACGAGAAUUCGUUCAGACCAUCGACGACAGGGAGUGGCAAAAUUCACUGUUCGGACUCUUGCAGAGCCAAACCUACAAUCAGUGUGAAGUGGAUCUGUUCGAGUUAAUGUGCAAAGUGCUGGACCAAAACUUGUUCUCUCAAGUGGAUUGGGCGAGAAACACCGUGUUCUUUAAGUAUCUAAAGGUAGACGAUCAGAUGAAGUUACUGCAGAAUUCGUGGUCGGUGAUGCUAGUGCUGGACCACCUGCAUCAGCGGAUGCACAACGGUCUGCCGGAUGAGACGACGCUUCACAACGGCCAGAAGUUCGACCUGCUGUGUCUCGGAUUGCUCGGUGUCCCAUCACUAGCUGAUCACUUCAACGAGCUCCAGAACAAACUUAGCGACCUCAAGUUCGAUGUGUCCGACUACAUCUGCGUCAAAUUCCUUCUACUGCUUAAUCCCGAGGUGAGGGGUAUUGGGAACGUGAAGUGUGUGAGGGACGGCUAUCACACGGUGCAGGCGGCCCUGCUCGACUACACGCUGACAUGCUAUCCCGGGAUAACGGAUAAAUUCGGCAAAUUAGUGAUGGUUGUCCCUGAAAUACACGCUCUGGCUGCACGCGGCGAGGAAUACCUUUAUCAGAGACAUUGCGCCGGACAAGCGCCAAUGCAAACAUUACUCAUGGAAAUGCUACACGCUAAGCGCAAGCCCAAUGUCGCCGAAAUGGUUAACCGCAGCUCGGAGCACACGUCGACCCUAGACAGAUUGUGCGGUUUCCUGCCAAACGAAACGAUUGAGCCGCAAUCUCCUAUAUAGUAUCCUGAAAUAAUGAAGUUUGAAACGUAGCUGUGAAUGCCGGCGUCUGAGAUGAUAUCUGAGGGGAUUAUCAUUACAAUACAUUACUUAUAUAGUGUUAGAUAAUAAAUUGGUGUGUGAUUAAUAAGUUAUUUAGCGUCUUGAGACGCCUAGUCCCAAUACGUUCGUUUAUCACCAUAAUCUAUGUAAAAUAAAUACAGUAUAUAUAUCUAUAUAUAUAUACGUAUAUUUAUAUAUAUAUAACAGUACAUGUAAACCGUCUGUGUUGCUACCAUUAAUUUAUUGAGCACUAUUACCACAUCAUGAUGUUUUAAAUUUAUUAAGUGUUAGAAUUAAAUAGUAUGUCGUAAAUUAAUGAGUGGCGUUCUAAAUAUAUAUAUAAAUAUAUAACAAUACAUAUUUUAGGAAAGCGUCUGUGAUUUUAUAAUGAAAAUGUGGAAAGGUUAUUCGUUAGUGUAUAUGACCAUUAUAUGUCUAGUGUAUUAUGUGUAUGGGUUACUUAUGUACAGGCGGGAUGUGUGCCCGCGUGUUUAUUGUAGUUAAUGGGCUGAGAAAAAAAUUUUAGAUUUUUAUUAAAGUUGAUAUUUGAAUAUUAAAUCCUUCUAUGUAUAUCACUAUGAUGUAAGAAAAUUAAGCACUACAUGAUCACGUUAAAAUUUUACAGUUGUUCCAUUUAAAAUGUUUAUCUAAAUGUUAUAUAUGAAAAAUAAUUAAAAAAAAAAAUUAUCUUUAUUGAUUUUAUCGGCCGUACCAGUACAAAUAAUUAAUAAAAUUUCUGUAAAUAUAACUAUAUAUAGAAUUUAACAGUGAUUUAUGCUACUUAUAAUGUAAUUAUGUAAAAAAAAAAAAUAUUUCGCGAGAAGCCUUAAAAAUCAUAGAUUUUUAAUAAAUAUGGGUACUAGCGUCUACAGGUCUAUGGCCGGAGAGGACGAUGUAUUUUUAUAAAUCAUAUUGUUCUUUAUUAACAUAUAUAAUAUGUUAACUGAAAGUACAUUAUUUCGUAUUUUUCUAACAUAAAAAUAUAAAAAAAAUAUAAUUAUAGUAGUUUACGUAUUUAAUUAUAUUGAUCAACUUGUGGAGACGGUUAUACAUAUUGUAUUAAAAUUAUAUUGUAACAUAGUGUUGUCAUUGUGUGAUACCUGCGUACAUAUGCGUUGCAAAUCUGAUUUGAGAACGUUCUAUUUUUGUUUUUCUUAUUAUACAUAUAUAUAUAUCCAUCUAUAUAUAUAUAUAUAUAUAUAUAAAUAUAUAUAACAUUAAGACAGUUUGUAAGAGCAAUGCGGGCGGUGGGAGGGUGUUAGGAGAGGGGGGGGUGAAAUGUACAAUUUGCUUGAUAUUGAAUAAAAACUUAAGUUUUGUGUCACUAGAUGGCUCUGUUCGUUGUGGGACAAGUGAUUGUAUGUUAUAUUGUUAUAUAUAAUUAUAAUAGUUAUACAUUGCACCAAGUGCGCCUGUAAUGUAUUUCGCUUCAACGAUUAAGUACAUGUAGUUUGUGAGUUAUUAUUAUUUCUUAAUGUAAUGUAGGCUCGUAAUCAGCUUAUGGCGUGAGUUCAUGUUUUAUUGUUUUUUUUUUUUUUUUUAUUAAUUCUGUAAAACCGUCCAGUGAAUACUAAUUUUAAAAAUUAAAUCACCUUUAUUUGGAUACAACAUUUUUUAAAUUUAGUCUACUCCGGUGCGUAUAUGGCUGACCGUCGAUAUACCAAAUGACUAACCGCUCUGAUAUGGACGCUUCUAGAACUUGGUGGUACUGUUCCUGGUUUAUGGUUUUUAUAAGAAAAUUAGACCCUACCGUCAUCUUCGUUUAUAUGAGUGUAUCAUAAAUAUAUCAGUGAUUGCGUGCUUCGACUAUAGUCUUGUAUUGGAAGUAUAGAUAAUGUGAUUCGUUGUAUACAGUGAAGCUGUGUCUGGGACGGUGCGCUCACGUCAGUUAUCACUAUCACCUGCACAGUAUACUUGUCGCGGACAAACAACGCACGCAGCUUCACAUGGCUUUAGACGUUUUAUUGAAUGCAAAGCUGAUCUGUGAUGAUAUGGAAUAGUUAGUUACAUUUAGGCUGUGUGUGUUAUAUUUGUCCGUUUUUAGGGCAGGAUUACAUUUUGUGACCAAUUUUAUAGUCAUUUCUAUAUUUUCAAAACGGUUCUAUAAAUUUUUGUUACACCACCCAUGACACACGAGUGGAUUUCUCAGAGUAUAACAAUUUUUUUUUUCGAAAUUAAACAAUAAAAGAAGUAUAUAUAUGUAUAUGAUAAUUUUUAUACUCAGGUAUUAGUUUGUUACCAUUAUUAUUAUUUUUUAUCUCAGUAUUUAUAUAUAUUAUGUGUAUAUAUUUUAAGUGAUUUAUAUUAUUUAUGUAUAACAGUAUUUUAUGUGAACGAUAUUAUUUGCUGCAUUAGCGGAUGAAGCAUGCAUGUAGUGAUGUACGUUUUACCAUUAUCAUUAAUAUAAUCAUUUUAAUAUAUUUAGUAUUUUAUGUAUAUAUACAUAUGUAUGAUGUAAUCGUGUGCCAUUAAUGAGUUUUUUUUUUCUUUUGUGGAUCUCAUUUAUUAUCUGUCCACAAAAUAGAGACAAUAACAGCUUUCAAUGUAUCCGAGUUGAUUGUAAAUUCUUUUCGAAAUCGAUAGCUAUCGUUAGCUCCGUUGCUCGCUUCACCACGAAACACGAUACUAUUUAUUUAACACUAUAUACUUAUAUAUGUAUCGACGUAUGCUUAAAUGUAACUAUUUUCUAAAAUUUAAGAUUAGUUUGUUAGAAUAAAUGUUAUGUUGUAUCUAAUUAAGAUAUGAAUUAAGUAAUUGAAAAACAAAAUAUAUAUUUAUGAAUAAAAAUUUAUAAGUAUUUUUAAAGUGGUAAGGUUCGCGCUGGGUGUUGUUCUCGGUUUUAAUGUUGGGGAUGCUGUAGUGGGCGUAGUGGGGUUGUUAUAUUAACUGGAAUACGUUCUCUAACAUCUCACGCCUCCCUCCAACAUUGUCACUAGCACAUAGGACGUCCAAACGAUCGGUAGUUCAUACAGCAGGCGUUCCCAUACUUAAAUGUCAGUUUGUAUGCGUCACACACAUUCCAGAAUAACGCUAAAACUAACGCUUACGAAUAUGACGAGCGCGUUACAAAUUUUGUAAUUUAACCACUUUGUUGUUCAUUAAAUGUAAGUUUAGAUUUAAUCUCAGUCGACAUUGUUUAUUUUAGUCUGUGUAUAGUAUUCUCUCGAUUUAAGUUAAUGAUGUGUUAGUUAAAUAUAUAUAUAUAUAUGUAUAUAUAUAUUUUAUAUGUAUAUAUAUAUAUAUAUAUAUAUGUAAAUUGGUACGAACGAACGGGCCGGGGUCCGUGUUCGUUUUAAUUGUAAAUUUUAAGUACCUAAGCGAUUCUGUUGCACCUAACUUUAUUUCGCGAGUCGUGUUAGAUGUAUUAUAUUAUGUAAUUGUAAAUAUAGGUAGGGUGAGGUUAUAAUAAAAGAGUCUUCACACAAUCUUAACUGAUUAUUGUUGAAUUUUAAUGAACGGGGCUGGCAGUGAGCGAUGCGAUGUCGCAUUUUAUAUUAAAAAAAAAAAAAAACUUAUCAAUUCAUCGGACACUUGUUAUGUUAUAUGAGUAUUUAUGUUUAACUGUUUUGUAAGGCGGCGGUUAGGUGAUAGGUGACGAACGAAAAGCCGGACGUCCGCUGAGACCAUCGGGCUCUCUCAUUCGUAAAUCGGAACUCGUCCCUCGCAUCACGGUCCAGUGACCACCUUUAUUAUAUUAAUAUUAUAAGUUAUAGUUGUUAAAUAAGUGCCCCGGAUGAUAGUUAGCGUCGACCACAGUCGCCCAGCUCCAAUAUUAACUGAACAAACAGCAUAUGAUGAUAGUUUUGUGUAUCGUUUGCAUAACCAACGGACAUUAUUACAUCAUCUGUUACUAUUGCGUGUAAUUGCUACAAUUGUAUAGUGAAACAUAUUCUUUUCUUUUUUCUCUUUUUAUAACUAUAACUUAACGCGAUCCUAAUAUUGUGUAAAUGGAUGUAUUUUUUACGAGUUCAGUUAACGGUGGAGUGUUUUAUUUCAUAUAUAUAUGUGUAUAUAUUCUCAAUAUUUACAGCAACAGCGUUGUGCCGUGUUAUAAUUACCUCACAUGUCUUUUGUACAUUAAAAAAUAAUAAAUAUUGUUGUCGCUACAGGCUAAUAACUUAUUUUUACUGGCCGUUUUAUUUAAAAUAAUGUCACAUUAAGUUUGAAUGUUUAAGGACAACGAUCUACUGUAGGCCACCUAGACAUGUAUGUGACGAUGUCAAGGGACUCGUACUUCGUCAGUAUAUUUAUUUUUUUUGUGAGACGCACGUAAGCGCCGGUAGCGAAAUGUUGCCGGCCGUUAUUGUAGAAAUAAAUAAUAUUUUCGUUUAA